CCACCUCCCCCCUUCUACCAGAUGGGAACUCAGAAAGAGAGAGAGAGAAGCAGUGUGUGUUUCUCAUCAACUCCAUCAUUUUAAAUUCUCAAGUCUCUGCACCUCUCUGGUUCGUAGAGGCUUCUUUCUUCUACAUGGACACCCGCCAUGUCUUCCUGUUAGCGUGAAGAGACGAAGAGCAGCCUUGCCCGAACCUGUCCCACACUUCUCCAGCUUUAUACAAUCAUGGGAAAAGGUUUCUACAUCAGCAAGCACCUGGCCAUAGCAGCUGUACUGCUGGCUGCAGCAGCUUUAGCCACCAUCGUAGCGUUAUCUAUAGUUUACUCUAAAGAAAAGGCCAAAAAGUCACAUCAGGUCAGCGAUGGACCAACAUCACGCAUGCCUCCCACUACACCACUAUCUAAUGAGCCCUGGGACAAAUACAGACUCCCCAACACCCUGAAGCCUCAGUUUUACAACAUAAGUCUGUGGCCGAGGCUCAGCAUAGACGCUAAGGGUAUGUACGUUUUCACCGGCAGUUCUGGAGUAGCUUUCACAUGUGAGAAAGAGACGGAUCUGAUCAUCAUUCACUGCCACAAGCUCAACCUGACUCUUUUUGAUGGACGCCACGCAAAGCUAACAGGCAUGCAGGGAGCAACGGCUCCAGCCAUCAAGAAAACUUGGUUCCAGUUGGAAACGCAAUACUUGGUGGUUCAGCUGAAGGGGAGGCUAAAGCCAGGAAAAGCCUACUGGCUUUAUACCGAGUUCAGAGGAGAGCUGGCGGAUGACCUGCAGGGAUUCUACAGGAGCGAGUAUGAAGAGGACGGGGUAAAAAAAGUUGUCGCCAUAACACAGAUGCAAGCAACCUACGCCAGAAAGGCUUUCCCCUGCUUUGAUGAGCCAGCCAUGAAGGCCAUAUUCCACAUCACUCUUAUUCACGAGCCAGGAACCAUCGCACUGUCUAACAGCAGAGACGUGGAUACAGAAAGCCUUCAAAUGGAUGGAAUUGAUGUUAUUAAAACUGUAUUUGAGCCCACAAAGACGAUGUCUACAUAUCUGGUCGCGUUUGUUGUCAGUGACUUUACUUACACCAGCAAACAAACAGACAGCAAGGAUGUUAUGGUUCGUAUUUGGGCAAGACAAAAGGCUAUUGGAGAAGGUCAAGGUGACUAUGCCCUGAGCAUCACCCAGCCAAUACUGAAGUUCUUUGAGAAGUAUUACAGCACCAACUAUCCACUCUCUAAAUCAGACCAGAUUGCACUGCCUGACUUUAAUGCUGGAGCCAUGGAAAACUGGGGUCUCGUCACCUACAGGGAAACGUCUCUGCUCUAUGAUCCCAAAACCUCGGCCAACGGCAACAAGCAGAGAAUUGUGAUUGUGGUUUCUCAUGAGCUCGCUCAUAUGUGGUUUGGAAACCUGGUGACUCUGAAGUGGUGGAACGACUUGUGGCUAAACGAGGGAUUUGCUUCAUAUGUGGAGUACCUUGGUGCAGACUAUGCAGAGCCAACCUGGAACAUUAAAGAUCAGAUCAUACUGUAUGAUAUUUACCGCGCGUUUGCUGUGGAUAGCCUGGUCUCCUCUCACCCGCUGUCCUGCAAAGAGGAGGAGGUCAACAAGCCAGCGGAGAUCAGCCAAAUGUUUAACACCAUAUCUUACAGCAAGGGGGCUGCGGUGCUCAGGAUGCUCUCUGAAUUCCUGACUGAGCCGAUCUUCGCUAAGGGGCUCAGUACGUACCUGAACCAGUUUGCUUAUGGGAACUCUGUGUAUUCAGAUCUGUGGGAUCAUCUUCAGAAGGCCGUAGAGAAAACCCCACAUCUGAAGCUGCCGCACAGAGUGCAUGACAUCAUGAAUCGCUGGAUUCUGCAGAUGGGUUUCCCAGUGGUCACCAUUGACACCCAAACAGGAAAUGUGAGCCAGAAGCACUUCCUGUUGGAGCCAAACUCUGUGGUGGAAAGACCGUCUGAGUUCAAUUAUGAGUGGUUUAUACCAAUCAAGUGGAUGAAGAAAGGGGUAGAACAAGAUCAGCUGUGGCUUCUUCAGAAAUCAGCUGUGCACAAACCUAUGAAAGUCAGCAGAGGUGAUUGGGUUUUGGCCAACACUAAUGUUUCUGGAUACUACAGAGUCAACUACGACCCUGAGAACUGGGAGCGCCUCCUGAAACAACUGAGCUCCAACCAUCAGGUAAUACCACUGAUAAACAGAGCCCAGAUACUGGAUGAUGCCUUUAACCUGGCUAGGGCAUCCAUCAUUAACAUAACUCUCGCUCUGAGAACCACCAAAUAUCUCUCGCUGGAGAGAGAGUAUAUUCCAUGGGAGGCGGCUCUGAGGAAUCUCAACUCAUUAUUCCUCCUGUUUGAUCGCAGUGAAGUUUAUGGGCCCAUGCAGGCCUACCUCAGAAAACAGGUCAAGCCUCUGUUUGAUCAUUUUGCCAGUGUUACUGAAAACUGGGCGACUGUGCCUCCAGGCCACAACGAUCAGUUCUCACAGAUCAUCGCACUGUCACUGGCGUGUAAAACCGGGGUGCAGGGCUGCCGUGAACUCACCAAAACCUGGUUCAGACAAUGGAUGCAGGAUCCUAAUAAUAAUGAGAUUCACCCCAACCUGAGGUCCACAGUGUACUGCUAUGCUAUAGCUACUGGAGGAGUAGAGGAGUGGGACUUCACCUGGAAGAUGUUCAAGAAAGCGACAGUAGCAGCCGAAGCGGUUAAACUGCGCGCAGCUCUGUCCUGCACCAGAGAGCCCUGGUUACUCAACAGAUUCCUUGAAUACACUUUGGAUCCUAAUAAGAUCCGGAAGCAGGAUGCCACUUCCACAAUCGGAGCCAUCGCUAGUAACGUUGUUGGUCAGCCUCUGGCCUGGAACUUCGUCCGGGCGAGAUGGGAGUACCUGUUCAAAGAGUAUGGAGUUGGAUCAUUUUCCUUCUCCAGCUUAAUAAGUGACAUUACGUCCAGAUUCUGCACAACAUUUGAACUCAAUCAGUUAAAGCAGUUCCAAAUGGACAACGCAGACGUGGGCUUCGGCUCUGGGACGCAGGCUCUGCACCAGGCUGUGGAGAAGACAAAGGCCAAAAUCAAAUGGCUGGAAGAAAAUAAGAAGCAGGUUCUGCAGUGGUUCAUCUCACAGUCAGCCUGAACAAUCAACCAAUCCAGUCUGAAUCUAAUGCACUCAGUGCUCUGUAAAUAAUGUGCGAAUGUGUAGAUCAUUUCCACUUUAAAAACACAGAGUUUUCCAUCUUUUUAUCCAAUUUUCCUCAGUCUGGGUAAUGUUCGGUCCAGAGUCUAGUUGGAAUCGCUGGGCUAAAGGCAGCAAUUAUUCCCUGAACAAGUUCAACUCAAAGAUAAAUUACAGUAUAAUAACAAUAACGGCAAGUAAAUAAAUAAAUAAAUAAAGUAAAUACAGAUGUUCCCUUACUCUGGAAAUGAUGUAUACUGUGAAUCCAGAAAAUGAACACUUUUAUUUUGUGUACACUGUAAAUAAAAAUGUAAAAAGUCAAGACCAACUUAAAAUAAUACAGUAACAUUUUUUUUAAAUAUUUUUUUUUAACUUAUUGAUUUCACUUUACAAUUGAGAAAUAUUUUUAGCAUUUUACAUUUUGGAGACAUAUUGCAAAAAAGUAAUGCAAGUUCAUAAUUUACAUUUUUUUAACUAUGAAUAAAAAAUGUGAAACAUAUCCUUUUAAAUUAAAUAAAUGUAAAACAUAUAAUUUUAAAUUAAAUACAUUUAAAACAUAUGUUUUCUGUGUUUAAAAAAAUGCUCCAAAUCUUGAGUUCUUGACAUUUUACACCUUCAUUAAAUGUAAAUAAAAAGUCAUUAAAUUAGUGUGCUAUCAGUGGGAGUAUGUAUCAGUAAUAUCCAUCUUUUGUUGUAUUUAUUGAAAAUAAGUUACUUAAAGGUUUUUUUGGUCUAACUGAGAAUGUUGUGUAGAAAACAUUUUAAUACC